AUAUAAAACUUUUAAUAACUUCCUGAUUUUUCUGCGCACGGGGAACGCAUGAUUUUAUGGAAUUAUUCUUAGACGUGUCCGUCCCGUUGUGGUGAGUGUCUCGUUGAUUUCAAUGAGGAGAAGGAUACAGCUUAUCCUCGCUUGAGGAUGCGGGUUUUGUGAUUAGAGUGGCAGUAGAGCCGCAUCUCUUUAAAGCGAACGCCGUCUUAAUUAAUGACACAGAGAAGGGAGGGCAAGAGAUACCGAGGAUGCUACUGAAGGGACACUGGUGUCGUUUCGUUUCACCGCUGCGAGGCUAUUAUGAGGGUUUAUUGCUACGCCGACCAAUUUUUUCUUUGCAUACGGCCGCAUAUGUCGUUCUUAUAGGUUAUGAAAUCGUAUUUUUCUGAAGGACACGACAUCCUUCACAUCACGACGCGUCGCAUCUCGCUCGUAGCCGCUCACACUGCGUCGGUUUUCCCUCCGCUUACCUCGGCAAUGCCCUUCGUGUCCACGUCUCCUUUUCACUCGUUCCACAUCGGCCGCAUCCCCGUGCCGGGUUUGGCAACCAACUGACGCCAAGGCAGGAUGAUGCGCAUCGCUAGCGCUCUGGGGCUUUUGAUGUUCAGUUCGGCGCUGCUCAUCCUGUCCCUCAUCUGCUACGUGUCCAUCAAGAAGGACUUCCUCCUCGGAACCACCAGAUAUGGACCAAACGGGGGACCCAGGAUGUUCCACACGGGAUAUCGUGAAAGGCCUCGCAAACCUGACCUUAGCUCCCAGUUGGCACUGAAGUAUCUGGAUCCAUUUUUUACAACACGGACCAAUGCUCCUAUUGAGGAUCUGAAGAAUUCAUCUAAAUGGAGGUACAACAGCACAGCUUUUAUCCAACAGAGGAAGGAAAUCUCUCAAUACAUCAAUAUUUCCCACAACUUCACAUUAACGCGUAGCAUAGUCCACAUUGGCCAGCUAAUGCAUUUUGACUACUCCAGUCACAAGUACGUCUACUCCAUCGGCGAAAACUUCCACUCCCUUCUCCCCGAGGUCUCGCCUAUUCUUAACAAGCACUACAAUGUCUGUGCAAUUGUUGGCAACAGUGGAAUCCUCACUGGGUCACGUUGUGGUGAUCAGAUUGAAAAGUUUGACUUUGUCUUCCGCUGCAACUUUGCACCGACCGAGGUUUUUAAAAGAGAUGUUGGGCGGCGGACCAACAUGACGACCUUCAACCCUAGCAUUUUAGAGAAAUACUACAACAACCUAUUGACGGUGCAGGACAGAAAUAACUUCUUCUUAAGCUUGAAGAAGAUGGAUGGUGCAAUUCUGUGGAUCCCAGCUUUCUUCUUCCACACAUCAGCCACAGUGACCAGGACACUGGUGGACUUUUUUGUGGAACAUCGCGAAAGGCUGAAGGUCCAGCUGGCCUGGCCAGGAAAUAUCAUUCAGCACAUAAACAACUACUGGAAAACCAAACAACUGUCGCCAAAACGUCUGAGCACUGGCAUCCUGAUGUACACUUUGGCAUCUUCUAUGUGUGACCAAAUCCACUUGUACGGAUUCUGGCCAUUCGGCUGGGACCCAAACACGGGGAAGGAGCUGCCUUAUCACUACUACGACAGGAAAGGCACCAAGUUCAGCACCCAUUGGCAGGCGAUCCAUCAAUUGCCGGCCGAGUUCAAACUACUCUACAAGAUGCACACAGAGGGACUGCUGAAGCUCAGCAUCUCUCACUGUGCUUAGAUAUGAAACUGCUGUAGGUAUAUCAAAUGUUUCAACAGAGCUUCUACAGGCGAGAGUCCUACAAAGGACCAACUGGACGAGGAGUGAUGAAUGCAGUUUACUACAGUACAGACUUGACAGAAAAGCACAGUGGACCCUUGUACUAGUUUAGCACAAUAUUAAAGAGUAUAUAAAUGGUAAGCUGUGUUGACUCUACUUUGAAACUGUAUAUACAAAGUUUAUUCACAUAAGCCAAAUUCACUCCAAGAUCCCUAAGGGCUUCACAGACACACAGAUCAUUUUAACUCAUUGGUUGUCAUUGAUGUGAUAGAAGAGCCAAACUUUUUUUUUUUUUUAUUGACUUUUUUUAACAUUGACCACACAAUAACUGGCACAAUAACACCUACAACACUAAAAUUAAGGAAACACAUCAACAAUGUUCCUAAUGUUGUCACGCUUCUAACUUUAUACAUAUACAGUGUAUCACAAAAGUGAGCACACCGCUCACAUUUCUGCAGAUAUUUAAGUAUAUCUUUUCAUGGGACAUCACUGACAAAAUGACUCUUUGACACAAUGAAAAGUAGUCUGUGUGCAGCUUAUAUAAUAGACUUAAUUUAUUUUCCCCUCAAAACACCUCAAAAUAUAGCCAUUAAUGUCUAAACUCCUGGCAACAAAAGUGAGUACACCCCUUAGAAAAAAACGUACAUCCCUAAAUGUCCAAAUUGAGUACUGCUUGUAAUUUUCCCUCCAAAAUGUCAUGUGACUCGUUACAGAAGUGCUGUCAGCAUUGCUGCAGAGACUGAAGUGGUGGGGGGUCAGCCUGUUAGUGCUCAGACCAUACGCCACACUCUACAUCAAAUUGGUGUGCAUGGCUGUCACCCCAGGACGAAGCCUCUUCUGAAGAUGGUACACAAGAAAACUCGCCCGUCUCAUCAGACCAUAGAACAUGGUUCCAGUAAUCAGUAAUCCAUGUGCUUUGUUGACAUGUCUUCAGCAAACUGUACGGGCUUUCUUGUGUACCUUCUUCAGAAGAGACUUCCUCCUGUGGUGAC